AGUCCAGACAGCCUGGGAGGUGAGCAACAGUUGGAGCCAGAGUUGGGGAGAGAAGGGAGAAGCCUUUCGCAGCCGGGUGUGUCCUUAACCCUCUUCAGGAGGUGAGGACAAGCCAGAAGUCUUCGUGUGCCCUCAGAGGUCUGCCUGCAGUUCUCACCAAGCCACUCUGAGAAUGGAGUGGUCCUCCCGGGAGUUGUUCAUCAACUUCACCAUUGUCCUGAUUACAGUUAUCAUUAUGUGGCUCCUUGUGAGGUCCUAUCAGUACUGAGAGGCCAUGCCACGAUCCUGGGAUUGACUGAGACUCUCCGGAGCUGCCUGCUGUAUGCCCUGAGAUCCCACUGCUGUCACUGUCAUGGGAUGCCGUCCUCGGCACCUCAAGGCACCUCUGACCUGCACUCACAAUGUCUGAUGUGCCCCAGUGCUAGGAUUGAUUAUGUGUUCUCUAAAGAUGCUGCUCUCAAGGUCUGCCAAGCGUUUGCCAAUGAGCGUUAGAUUUAUUCCCCAACUCUUACUGCAAAUGUGUUAGACAAGCCACAAGGUUAAAAUUAAACUGGAUUCAUGAUGAUGUAAAAUUGCAGCAAGCCCCCAAUCUGUCUCACUACAUAUCCCUUCAACCCACACUGUCUGCAACCAAACUCUAAUUCAUCCCACCAGAAGGAAUGUUCGAGGAAGUUUUUGUUGGCCCCUAUAACUCUCAUGUGAAUAAAGUUAAGUCAA